AUGUAUUGCUAUUUUGCAUAGAAGAAAGAUCUGUAUGAAAUAUUUGCUUAUGCCAAAGAUGUAGAUGAAGAAAUUUUUAGUAUUAUACUUUAAAAGUUUCGAAAGGAGAAAAUGUAAGAUAUUUUAGGAUAUCUUUCAAAUGAUGGAAAUCAAAGACUUUUAGAAUAAUAUAUUUUACAAGGAUAAAAUUUAACUUAAGUUGAUAAGGAAUAGAAAUUGUAUUUUGUAAGAAAUAAUAUUGAACAACUUAUUAAUGCCUUAAAAAAAAUAAAAGAUCAUGAUUUUAAUAAAAUAGACUAUUCGACUGAAGAAAAUUAAGAAUAUCGACAAGAUCUAGUUAAAAGAAUAAAAGAUGAUAUGCAGAUCAUAGAAUUUUUGAAAUAUUUGGUUCACCUCAUAUCUAUAGAAAAUAAUUUAAUUGAGUGUGAAUCUAAUUCAUUUAAUUUAUUAGUUGAAAUGAAGGUUGACAUGAAAAACAAAAAUUUUGAAAAUAUUAAAAUUUAGAAUGCCUCGUUGGUCGGAGAUAAUUUUUGUGGAUGUAAUUUAAGUAAAUCAUAACUUUUUAAGUUGGAUAUAAGUGGAAUAAAUUUAAAUGGAGCUUUAUUAAUUAAUUGUAAAUGGAAUAACUUAAGAAUUCUUGAAUUGAAUAAAUUAGAUGGUCAUAAAAGUCCUAUUGCUUCUUUGUGUUUCUCUCCUGAUUGUAAGACAUUGGCAUCUGGUAGUUAUGAUGGGUUAAUCAGUUUAUGGGAUGUUAAAACAGGAUAAUAUAUAGCCAAAUUGAAUGGUCAUAGUAAUACAGCCUAUGCAGUUUCCUUCUCUCCUGAUGGCACUACAUUUGCUGGUAGCCAGAAUAAUGUUAUAUGUUUAUGGGAUAUUAAAUCAAGAAAAAUAAAAUCUAAAUUCGAAGGACAUAGUGGGAAUGUUAGUUCAAUAUGCUUCUCUCCUGAUUGUAGGACAUUAGCAUCUUGUAGUUGGGAUUCGUCUAUCCGUUUAUGGGAUGUUUAAACAGGAUAGUUAAAAGCAUAUUUAAAUGAUCAUUAUGAUCUAGUUUUCUCAAUAUCCAUUUCUCCUGAUGGUACUACAUUAGCAUCUGGUGGUGGUGGUCUUGUUGGGGGUGGAGAUUUUUCUAUUAGAUUAUGGGAUGUUAAGACAGGAUAAUAAAAAGCCAAAUUGAAUGGUCAUAGUAAUACAGUCUAUGCAGUUUCCUUCUCUCCUGAUGGCACUACUUUAGCAUCAGGUAGUAGAGAUAAUUCUAUCUGUGUAUGGGAUGUUUAGACAGGAUAAUAAAAAGCUAAAUUAAAUGGUCAUACCCAUUAUGUUUAAUCAGUAUGCUUCUCUUCUGAUGGAAUAUUAGCAUCUGGUAGUUGGGAUUUAUCUAUUCGUCUAUGGGAUGUUAAGACAGGAUAAUAAAAAGCUAAAUUAGAUGUUCAUACCCAUUGUGUUUAAUCAGUAUGCUUCUCUUCUGAUGGUACAUUAGCUUCUGGUAGUUGGGAUAAGUCUAUACGUUUAUGGAAUGUAAAACUAGGAGAAGAAAUAAAACCUCCUUGUAAAAACUAUUUAGAUAUUUCGCUUUAAAAGAAUCUUUAAUCAGAUGGUUGUAUUUAUUUUGUUAUACUUAAGUUAUCUACAAUAUUACUAUUCCCCUUAUAUCAGAGUCACUACUACUUUAAGCAAAAGGAGCUCUAAUAAAAGGAAUAUAUAUAAAUCAUUAAGAAAUAAAUUUAUUAGAACUAUUUAAUAAAAAGGGAAGUUUAAUUUUGGAAGACAGUCUUAAUAUUACAUAAAAUGCGAUUCAAAAGUGA